GGUUCUAUCACUCUCCCUAAACACAGCGUUAGCUGUGACCCUAGAUGAGAACGCUGGCCCAUGCUCCCUCCCAAAGAAUCGUAGGAUUUUAGACUCUUCUAGCGCAAGCCUCUUAUUUGACAGCAGAGGGUUCCCAGAGGUUAAGAGACCCAUCCGGGGUCCUGUAGAUAGAGAGCAAAGGAGUCGAGCUGCGUCUCCUGCCUCCGGGUGCAAUGUGCUUUGGCCGCUCUGCCCAAGUCCCUUUCCCCUAGACUGGCCUAGGCUCCCCCGCGAGAACCCGCGCCUUCAGCCCGGCCGAAGCUUCUCCUCGGCCAAGGACCAAACCAAAUCAUCCCAGGCUGGGCCCUCACCUGAUGACACAGGCAGGACAGGAAGAGGGUGUGUCACUGCCUCACCCACUUCCUCCCCAGGGAUAAGCUUCCUCCCCUCUGGAGCCUCCUGAGCUAAGUGUUUGUGGGGGCCAUGCAGAAGGUGGGGGCAGCUGGCCGGAGGGCCUCCGACACAGCCCUCAUUCCACACAGGUCAAGGGGAAUUACCAAGUUUGCCCAGUAUGUUGGCUCCUUUACUGUAGAUGACCUGGGGCUUCAGGAGAAAGUGUGGAUGGUCCAACAGCAGCUGUGGGCUCUGAAGGACUGCCCUAGGAGAAGAGCAGUGAUCCUAAAAUUCAGUCUGCAGGGCCUCAGGAUCUACAGUGCUGAGGGGGAGACUCUCCUGAUGGCUCACGCCCUGAAGCGGAUCCUCUACUCCACCUGGUGCCCAGCUGAAUGCCAGUUUGCCUUCAUCUCCCGGAACCCACGGAGCCCUGCCAGCAAGCUCUUCUGUCACUUGUUCGUGGCCAGCCAGCCUGGGGAGGUCCAGAUCCUACACCUACUGCUUUGCCGCUCCUUUCAGCUGUCAUACCUCUUGCAGCACCCCGAGGAUCAGGCACAACCUGGACCGGGGCUACCAGCAGAGGAAUCCCCCAAGCCCUUGCCCAGCCCCAGCGGUCCUACUGGGGUGGUCAGGGAGCCCUUCGGUCGGGAUCAGGUCUCUCAAAAUGUCCACGCCCUGGUGUCCUUCCGGCGGCUGCCAGCCCCAACUGAUGGCCCAGGAGGCAGCACGAAGGAAAUGUCAGAGGCAGAAGUUCGAGGGCCUACCCGUCACUCCCGCCUGGGGAACCCUUACUGUUCCCCAACCCUUGUGCGAAAGAAGGCAAUUCGAAGCAAGGUGAUCCGCUCUGGGGCUUAUCGUUGCUGUACCUACGAAACCCAGCUUCAGCAGUCUGCCCGGGAGGCCUUUCCCACUGCCUGGGAGAGUUGGGCCCAGGGGUCCAGUGGCCUGGCCUGCCUGGUGGAGAGCGAGGGAAGCCUGACGGAGAAUAUCUGGGCCUUCGCCGGCCUGGCUAGGGCCCAGGCACUCUCCCUGCUCCGAAGAGAUGUCCUGGGGGCCUUUCUGCUGUGGCCUGAGCCUGGCCCCAGUGGCCAGUGGUGCCUGUCAGUGAAGACACAGUGCGGGGUGGUCCCCCAUCACAUCUUCAGGACCCACUUGGGCAAGUUCAGUGUGGAGCACCUGCCGACAGAGUUCCCCAGCUUGGAGGCCUUGGUGGAGCACCACUCGGGAGCUGAACGUAGCCUUUUCUGUCCAUUGGACAUGGGACGCCUGAACCCCUGCUAUGAAGCACAGGACUGUGGGCCUGGUCGGCCUACAUGGCCCCGGGCCCACCCCAAGCAUGAGCCCCGGCAGCAAGAACUGGGUUAAGGCUGUCUUUGAAUUCCCUAAUAGUCAAAGUGUGUGUGUGUGUGUGUGUGUGUGUGUGUGUGUGUGUGUGUGUGUGUACACACUCAAGUUAUUCCAUUUGGGUCUUCCCAGUCCGAGCAACCUUUUCCCUUGGUGCUAAUGGCUCAUGGAGCAUAGCCCCCGAGUGGGUAGUUACCCUGGUUGGUGGUCUCUUGAAUGAAUCAGACCAGGAACUGCUGGUUUGUCUCUGAUCCCCUCUCCCCUCCAACACACACACACACACACACACACACACACACACCCACCAACAGCAGCUCUGGUCCUCAGAAAUGGCCUGGAGGGAAGAGACAUGCCAUCCUUCCCUCAACUUGCUGUGCUAUGGACAAGGAGACUUGCUAGGCUUGGCUCAGGUGGCUUCUCUCAUCAGGGGACUGACCUUAUCAGAGAUUUUGCCAUCAAUCCAUGGAUAAGUCUCAGUCCUAGGGGAAGGCCUUUUUGCCCAAAUUGAGUACCCUGAGAUUAUGCCUCUACCCUGGAUGGGCUCACCCUAGGCUACAUUUCAAGCUUUCUCAUGAACACCUAGUUUUAUUUGGAAGAUCCCUCGAUGGUGAGGGAGGCAUCCAAGCAUCAAACCCAAAAGACUUGGGUUUGAACCACUUCUCUGCCUCUUCUUAGCUCUAUGACCUUCAACAGAUUAUUCCUUUCUCUGGGCUCUCCUCUGUAAAGGGAAACAGUGUGGUGUAGUGGCCAGAGCCCUGGGCUUGGAGUCAGGAAUACCUGAAUUUAAAUCCCACUUCAGUUACUAGUUGUGUGACCCUGGAUAAAUCACUUCUGUCUGCCUCAGUUUCCUCAUCUGUAAAAUGAGGGGGUUGGAUUCAAUGAUCUAGCUCUAAAUUUAUGAUCUAUGAUAAAGAGAUUGAACCAGGUAGUCCCCCAUGUCCUGUGAUUCUGGGCUCCUUUCUGCUAGUCCCUGUAUGUGGGUCUAGAGGUGCUGCAGGGCAAGUCACGGAUCAGGGAUUAUUUGGUUCUUACUGGAAGCGCUUGGAAAGGAUGCAACAGGGGGAGGUGGACAGGCCCGUUUGGUCUUCAGAUACUACUUGAUGCUGAGGCCUCUUUCUUCUCCCCAGAGCCCCCAAGGUUAAGGUAAGAGGAGCAUAGGGAAGGCUGCUGCAGAAAUUCUGGGUGGGCAACCAUCCCCUCCCCCUUCCUCAAACAUUUGCAAGCAUUCACAGAUGCUGUCUUGGAGCUUCUACAAUAGAACUUGCUGCACCAAAUAGCACAAUCACAGGGGUUAGAGUUGGAGGGGACCUUCCAGUCCAGCCCUCUCAUUUCAAGGACAGAGAAAGGCAGAGGAAGAAGGGGAAGGUAAUUUACUCAAGGUCACAUGGGUCAGUAGCUGAACCAAAACUUUGGCAUCAGGUCUGGGUAACUUGAGAGAGGUAGGAAGUGAAUUCAGCUCAUUGAACCAGCUCCUGGGUCUUUAGGCUUUGAAAUUUAGCAGGUGCUUUCUUUUCUUUUUUUCUUUUGUGGGGCAAUGAGGGUUAAGUGACUUGCCCAGGGUC